AGUUGAGGAAACUGAGGUCCAGAGAGGGUAGUUGGCUUGCCCCAAGCCUGCGGCAGAGCUGGGACCGGAAGCUGGAUCUCCUGGCUCCCAACCUUCUGCUUUGUCCACUACAUCCCCGCUCAUUCGUCCGACAGCAUAAGCCCGUCCCAGGCAGGCAGAGAGUGGGCCGGAGCCUGAGACACCCCCGGGCCCUCGGCUGGCACGCUCUCAUGACCGGAGCAGCUCCGCCACAGCCCGCCACCAGCUUCCGUGGGCACGGCAUAGCACCAGCUGGAUGAAGAUGGCCCUCCAAGAGGCAUUGCCCAGGGGCAGCCAUCAGCGGGAGGGGCUCCUGGGUACCAGAGGCCGGGUGAAGUGAUCUGCUGAGUCCUUGCCAGAGCCCUGGCACAGAGAGGAGGCGGCCCCCGGCCCUGGGGAGCCCGGGAGAGCCCCGAGGAUCACUCAGCCCGGGCUGGCUGGCCGUGAGGCCCAAGUGGCUUCCCCCCGAGAGAGUAGGAGACGCUUUCCCAGCCGUCACCUAGGCGACUGUGGGCAGCGAGGUGGCAAGAAGGGAGGGGUUCGGGGCCGGGGCUCUGUUCAGUUCUUGGCCCUCUGAUCCGCCCCAGGCCCCUCCCCGGCCCCUCUGAAGGAGACCUGCCAGGCCAUGAAUGGUCCAGCCUGCCCUCCCUGUGUUGGAAAGGAAGUAGAAGACCAGCUGGGCUCGGGGGCCGUGGUCCGGGACUCUAGAGCUGCCGAGCAGGACGGCAUCCUCCCAUCCAUCAGAUCCGCCCCGAUCUCUGCGCUCAAGGACCAGAAGACCUUGCAGGCUCUGACAUCGGAGACCGAUGGCUGGGAGCCCACUGGCGUGAGCCCCGAGGUGCAGCAAGCCCAGGAGGAGUGGGAGGCACUGGAUGGCUUCCAGGCCGUAGCAGGGGGCCCGGGAGCCUGUCCGGGCCAGCCCAGCCUGCCCAUCUCCUUCACCGAGGCCCUGCAGCACUUCCAGAUGGCCGACCUCUCUGCCUGCAGGGAACGGAUCCGGCCCACAGUACGCAGGAGGGGGCUGGCCGCCCUCUGCCAUUGCCUUUUCGGGCCUCCCCAGCUGCACCGCCAGCUCCAGGAGGAGCGCAACUUGGUCCUGGCCAUCGCUCAGUGCGGCCUGGAUAAUGGCGACCCAGUACACGGCCGAGUCCUCCGGACCAUCUACAGGAAGCUGACCGGCUCCAGGUUUGACUGUGCCCUCUUGGGAGCCCACUGGGAAGAGCUGGGCUUUCAGGGAGCAGAUCCCGGCACAGACCUGCGAGGGGCUGGCUUCCUUGCCCUCCUGCACCUGCUCUACCUCGUGAUGGACUCGCAGACCCUGCUGCUGGCCCGCCAGAUCUACCGACUUUCCCAGCACCAAGUCCAGCACUUUCCCUUCUGUGUGAUGUCGGUGAACAUCACCCGCAUCGUGAUCCAGGCACUGCGUGAGGAGUGUCUGUCCAGGGAGUGUAACCGGCAGCACCAGGUGUUCACUGUGGUGAACAGCUUCUACGCCGCCACCUUCCUCCGCUUGGCUCAGGUCUGGUGGACGCAGCAGAAAACCAUCUCUGACUCUGGCUUCGUGCUUAAAGACCUGGAGACUCUGGCCAAAAGGAACCCAAAACAGCUCCUCCGGGGCCUGGAGGCCUACUUGACCGAAAGUCCGAAAGAGUUCACAGCUGCGGGGGCAUUGGGCGGACGUCCUCGUGGGUCCCUGCCCAAGGAGCUCCACUUCACGGGCGUGUGUGACCUCCCCCUGGACGUGACUGAGGGAAGCAGGUUCAGCUGAACCACGGGCAGGACCCGCUGCUGAGACGUCUCAGCUGGUUCUGGGGAGAGCCUGGAUGGGGGCAGGGCCCCCCUAGGAUCCCAAAGGCAAGGGGCUGGACUCCUUCUGCCCCGCAGCUGGGGCCUCCCACUGGGCCAAGCCUUCUGGGCAGAACGUGGGAGGGACCGGCCCAAGCCAGUGAAGCAGAGCCAGGCCGCUUCCUGUUCAGAGAUGGCCCCGUUGCCCAAGAGCCCCAACCCAGAGGGUGCCCAGCCUGGUCCGGCAGACUGGGUCAUGGGGUUUCUGGGGCCGGGCACACCGGUUCGAGGUGGUAGAGGCUCUGGGACCUCACAUGCUCCUGACUCCAAGUCCCAGAAACCCCCAUCCUGCCCAGGGCAGCCACUGUCCCUCUUCCCUUUUGGAGGCACAGCCUGACCAAGUGGUUCCGCCCAGGCCUGAGCCUCCAGCCGAGAGCCCUCCUCCCCAUCCUGUGACUGGGAGACAGCCUGCACAUGGACUCCUAACCCAACCCUGGCCCCCGUGAAGGCUUGGCAGAUUGUCCUGCUGAGGCCUGGGGUGGGCAGCUCUAGAAUAAAGGUAACUUGGACUUUU